GUAAUCAACCUGUGUUACCAAGAGUUGUGUCAUGAGUACCAGUGGAAGAAUUUCUACAGAAUUCUUGCUAAGUGUCAGUCAGCUGUGACAAUCAACCUGUCCUAUAACACAAUGGUCUCUCUCAAACAGAUCAAAUUUUCAAGAUGUGAGUACAUCAACUUGCAUGCAAAUUACCUUGGUUCAAUAAAGGACUUCCCUGUCAUGCCUAGAGCAAGGAAAAUUAUUGCCACAGAAAACAAUAUUGGAAGUCUAGAUGGUCUGCAGAGUCUUCGAGGGACUCCAUUAGAGGAACUUUACCUUAGUGGCAAUAACUGCUCAUUUGAGAUUAAUUACAGAAAAAG